CUGGUGGCUCUGUUUCUGUAAGAAUAAGAUGUGGUCUCUGUUGGAGGUUCGAUUGAAUACUGGAGAUAGCUAUAUACUGGCAAAAACUUAGUCAACAGUAUUGUUGUAUUUGUUUAUAAUUCAUUGUAUCAAAAAUAAUCUGCCAUUCAAACUGAGUGAUGUGACUCGAGAACAUUUCGAGACUUCUUAGGUCACAUGAGUGGAAACAGAAGCUAAUGUUAGCCCGCAGACGCACCUAUCAGAUGUUGUUCGAGGGAGAAGCUGCUAGGCUAGCUAACUGCUAUUGAAGACCAUCCUAGGGGGACAGCUACAAAAAAAAGCUAUAAACUAUCACAGUCGUUCAAAACUUGGCAACGGUAAAUGAAUAACUAAGUCCCAUUAUCAGUGUCUUAUGGCUUAGAUAGCUGGCGUAAUCUUUUUCAGCAGGCUUGAUAGCUAGUCAAUAGGAGAAGAAAAUGUGGCAUCUACGUUAGGUAGUAACAACGCUAGCUAAAUCAGCUAGCUGGUUGAAUGUUGACCACGGUUAAGAUAAUGACCGACACGAAACAUAGACACAUGUGACCAAGCAGCUAAUGUCUAUAGCACAUGAUCCUGGCCAGCUGGAGGCUUCAAUAAUUAACGGGUUUCAGAAUAUCUACACUGAGUAAUAAAGGUCCUAUUUUCCAGAGGAAGAGACUACGUUUUGUUAAGAGCCAUGGCCACCAAGUCAUCCCUGCUAAAAGUCAUUCUGCUAGGAGACGGAGGAGUGGGGAAGAGCUCCCUCAUGAACCGCUACGUCACCAACAAGUUUGACACGCACCUCUUCCACACCAUCGGAGUGGAGUUCCUCAACAAGGACCUGGAGGUGGACGGUCGUCUGGUCACCAUGCAGAUCUGGGACACGGCGGGACAGGAGCGUUUCCGCAGCCUCAGGACUCCCUUCUACCGCGGCUCCGACUGCUGCCUGCUCACCUUCAGCGUGGACGACAACCAGAGCUUCCACAACCUGGCCAACUGGAAGAAGGAGUUCAUCUACUAUGCCGAUGUCAAGGAGCCUGAGAAGUUCCCCUUCGUGGUGCUGGGGAACAAGGUGGAUGUGUCGGAACGACAAGUUUCUGCUGAAGAUGCCCAACAGUGGUGUCGGGAAAAUGGCAAUCACCCUUACUAUGAAACCAGUGCCAAGGAUUCCACCAACGUAACCAUAGCCUUUGAGGAGGCAGUGCGGAGAGUGCUGGCCAUGGAGGAGAGGGCAGACCACCUCAUCCCCACGGACACAGUCAACCUCCACAGAAAGCCCCGCUCCAGCACUUCCUGCUGUUGACAACGUGUAGGGGUUACCCAAUGCUUGACUUGGACUGAAAGAGGUGCCAGUAUUCAUUUUGGGUGCCGGUACUGUUUACAUUUAGGUGCAGGAGCUCCACGAUACUUUUGAACUAAUAUUCUAUAAGAGAAACAGGAGCCCAAGCAGUAGAACAUUUUGAGGUGCUGGUACUCCAUUCUGUUGAGCUCCUGCCCAAGUCAAGCACUGGUUAUACAACUUAUAAUGAACUGGAGCUAGGAGGACACACAGGCGUAUUUAUUAACACUCAUGCUCUCAAGUACAGUAAGCAAGCACUGGCUAGUGUCCGUGGAUGAUAUUCCAAUGGGUUUGUUGGUCUUGGGACUCAUUGAAUGUAAAGCGGGUACUGAAGAAGAGUAUUAUUUUUGUCAGAUUCCACCAAGAAAUGCAUUAUAAUUUAAAUCAGUGCAAUCUUUGAAUUAUAUAUAUUGUCUUAAAAUAUCACAUUUAUAUUACGCCAUCAAUGUGGUUGCCAGAAAUACAUUCACAAAGCAUCACUUCCUGUUCAUAUUACACAGCCAGAAAGAAGUUCAUUGUUUUGUAGAAAGGUUUUCUUACACUGUGACUGAAACCAAGGUUGAGAUGAGCGGCCUUACCAGUGAAAGUAUCAUAAUUGAUUCCAUUCAAAACAUAUUGCGGACCAUAUGUGAAUAUAAUCCCACCCAAAUGUGAUACAGUAGAAGCAAGUCACUUUUAAUCAUCAAUUGAGUUUAAAUGGGAUUAGGUAAAAAAAAAAAAAAAAAAAAUCCAAACAUAAUAUAUUAAUAUUUAUUACAACAAAUGUUAAUACAAAGCAGAGUAAUUUAUGCAGUCUUAAUUUGAAAAAGUUGAAGCACUAAUCUAGCAUCACUACUUUAUAGUACAGAGAGAAAUCUAAGCAGAAAUGAAGGUUUAGGAUUUCUUACUCUAUUACUUACUCUUACUUUAUCAUAUAAUAUUAUUGGUGCUGGUAGCUGAAUUUGCUGGCCUUGCGAUAUCUGCACAACAUACCGUAAUGAAUGACUUAUCAUUAUGCAAUGGACACAAUGUUCAACACUUGCACAGGACGAGCUGAAAUUAUAAAUAUGAAAUGAAUAAAGAGUUCUUAUGCUGCAUGACAUUCUGCUCUCUACCAAUAAGUUAGUACAGAACUUUGUUUUUACCAUUACAGAAUUACAGUGUUCUGAUAACUUGGUUUACUGUAAUUAACAGAUGGGUGAUACAUUAUGAACUUGGACAUGGUGGUGGAUAUGAUAAACCAUGUUUAAUGUAUGUACCUGUCCAUUUUUUUUCCUUCUAUGGGCGUCUUAUCUAACAUGUAUUUUCUUUACAUUUAUGGAGAUCAAUUUCAUUUUCUUACCCACUAGUAUAGUUUUAAUACUAAAAUUUGAUUUCAACAAUCAUUGCUUAUUGAUUUUACAGUAUUGUACAUCCUCACAAAAUAAGAGUGCUGAGAACAGUUUUCUUUGCUCAGCUUUUAUAUAAUUUUGCUACAGCAGUGUUGUCCGGAAUGACUGGAAUGCAAGUUGAAUGAAAAAUGCUAUUUGAAUAAAAACAGUCCUUGAAUGAA